UAGCCACAGAUGAACCGACGAAGCGGGAGUUUAACUCCAUACCGCCUCACUCGUAGUCAACCCGCGCCGUUGAGCGCCCGUGCCGACCAGUGCAAACGCGCGCGCGAUUUUCCCGCCCAAUUUUGACAACCGCAAAAACAAAAGAAAACAUGUUUCUAAACGAUGUGACUUGACAAAACUGUUUUGGCCAGUAUUGUUUUUAAACUUUAAAAAAAGUUUGACUAACUUUUUUAGUGUUGAACGAUGUAGAUUAAAAAGUUUUAAAGUUUUUUUGUUUAGUGUCGUUUCGAAGCAGCAAGGAGGUUAAUCUUGUAUUGGCAGUCUAAUUUCGCAUUCACAAUGGAUCCCGACCUGAUGGAUGAGAUGGUGCUGGAGACGACUCCUCGGACGUCGUACCUAACCACGGUGUUUUCGUCCGAAGGCACCCACACCCUCGCCAAGAACACCACCAACUCUACCAUUGGGGUCAACAAUGUGAACAUGUAUUUCUUUUAUGAUACAAUCCAGUUUACUGUGAUGUGGGUGCUGUUCGUCGCCAUCGUGGUGCUAAACGCGUCCGUCAUCGCAGCUCUGCUGUGCACCAACGCCAGGAAAAGCAGGAUGAACUUCUUCAUAAUGCAGUUGGCUAUUGCAGAUUUGUUCGUCGGUCUCAUUUACGUGUUCGUGGACAUAGUACAGAAGAUAACUAUAGCGUGGCUGGCCGGAGAGUUCAUGUGUAAAUUCGUCAGAUUUCUUCAGGCUGUGGUGAUGUAUGCCUCCACAUACGUCCUGGUAGCCCUGAGCAUAGACAGAUGCGAUGCCAUCACGAACCCCAUGAAUUUCUCCGGAAGCUGGAAUCGUGCAAGAGGCCUAAUUAUAUCAGCAUGGUUAAUAAGCAUCGUGUUCUCCGUCCCAGUAUUCAUACUGUACGAACUUAAAGAGAUGCAAGGGCAACCGCAAUGCUGGAUAGAGCUAGGCACGCCUCGCAGAUGGCAGAUCUGGAUGACGUUGGUAUCGAUCAUGAUCUUCGUUCUGCCAGCGCUGGCCAUCGCAGCGUGUUACGCGGUCAUAGUGCUGACAAUAUGGACGAAGAGCAAAGCUGUGGUUAUGAGCCCGCCAAUCAACUCUAGGAGGACCAAGACCUUAAGAAAUGGGCACGUGGAGAGCGACCCGGACUCCCGCCGCGCGAGCUCCAGGGGGCUCAUCCCGAGAGCCAAGAUAAAGAGCGUGAAGAUGACCUUCGUUAUUGUUUUUGUAUUCGUGCUCUGCUGGUCCCCGUACAUCGUGUUCGACCUGCUCCAAGUGUACAACCACAUCCCGCCGACUCAAAGCAACCUGGCCAUCGCUACCCUCAUCCAGAGCCUGGCGCCUCUCAACUCGGCAGCCAAUCCGUUGAUAUGCUGCAUGUUCUCCCCUCAUAUUUAUACUAGCCUCAGGCGAGUGCCACCUUACCGCUGGCUGUUCUGGGGCCGCACGCGCAAGCGUCACGGGCGCGGCACGCUGCGAUCGCGAUCCGACUCCACCGCGCACUCCGAUCUGCUGAGUUCCACGCACGCGCGUCGCUCGCACUCGGUUGCCACGAUUCUAAACCGCACCCGCAGCAACAGCGUGUCCCGCGAGGUGCGCCGCACGCAGCUCCUAGUGCUAGUUCCCGCGCGCGACUGACAGCGUGCUCCCGCGAGCGCGCGCGUCGCGUCCACCCACGACGUGAUGCUCUAGCGCCGCCCGCCGGCCUGCAGCGGGAACCACUGCUGCAGGCACGCGCUGGAAGUGCGCUUCGAGGCAGGGACUAUGAAGUAGAUUACCAUUAGUGUGUUUCUUGUGACAUGCGUGAGGAUAAUAGUGCUGCCAGCAGGGAGGAAUAUUGCUGCAAGCACUUCUUAAAAGUGAGGUUCUAGGUGGAGACUAUUAUUGCUUAGUAUGUUACCUACUAGUCACCGACGUGAUGCUCUAGCGCCGCCUGCCGGCCUGCAGCGGGAACCACUGCUGCAGGCACUCGCUGGAAGUGCGCUUCGAGGCAGGGACUAUGAAGUAGACAAUCCUUAAGGCCAGUGUAAAGCAAGAUAACUGAAGCAAGAAUAUUUCUUUUACUAGUGACGUAUGUGAUGCUCUAGUGUGACGUGUGACUGACAACGCCCGCCCGCGAGCUACUACUCAUGACUAGAUGCUCUAGUAACGCUUCCCGACCAGUAGCAGGAAUCACUGCACACUGCAGGAACUCGCUGGAAGUGCGCUUCGAGACAGGGACUAUGAAGUAGAUUACCAUUAGUGUGUUUCUUGUGACAUGCGUGAGGCUAUAGUGAUGCCAGCAACACUUCUUAAAAGUGAGUUUCUAGGUGGGGACUAAGAAAGUGGCGUAAUUAUGUUGCUGUCGCGCUCGUACACUCACUGCGGGCGCCCGUCGCACAGUCGCGACAGCAAUAUAAUUACGCGCGAGCGAUAAGGAUGGGUAGCUUGGGGUCAUUGGACAAAAUUCUACGUGCUCGAAGACCAGGCUUUAGUAGGGCAUCAAUAUUAUGCAACGACUGCUUGGUACAAUACAUAUUGAUGAUGAGACUAUCUCAAGCGCAGCUCCUAGUGCUAGUUCCCGCGCGCGACUGACAGCGUGCUCCCGCGAGCGCGCGCGUCGCGUCCACCCACGACGUGAUGCUCUAGCGCCGCCCGCCGGCCUGCAGCGGGAACCACUGCUGCAGGCACUCGCUGGAAGUGCGCUUCGAGACAGGGACUAUGAAGUAGACAAACGUUAAGGCCAGUGUAAAGCAAGUUUUUGUUAGUACAAAAACUUGCUUUACUAGUGUGACCUACGGGACAGGCUAGAUUCAAGGAGUGACGUAGGUACGCCUACCUAGUGUUAGUUCCUGCGUGCGACUGACAACGUGCACCAGCGAAUCAGCUGGGAUUAUAAAGUAGAUUACCAUCUGUGUUUUUUUUUUACAUGCAUGAGGCUAUAGUGCCGCCAGCAGAGAGAACUAUUGCUGCAGGCACUCCUUAAAAUUGAGUUUUUAGGUGUGGACUAAGGUAGGGCAUCAAUAUUAUGCAACGACUGCUUGGUACAAUACAUAAUAUUGAUAAAUGAGACUAUCUCAAGCGCAGCUCCUAGUGCUGGUUCCCGCGCGCGACUGACAGCGUGCUCCCGCGAGCGCGCGCGUCGCGUCCACCCACGACGUGAUGCUCUAGCGCCGCCCGCCGGCCUGCAGCGGGAACCACUGCUGCAGGCACUCGCUGGAAGUGCGCUUCGAGGCAGGGACUAUGAAGUAGAUUACCAUUAGUGUGUUUCUUGUGACAUGCGUGAGGCUAUAGUGAUGCCAGCUGCACUUCUUAAAAGUGAGUUUCUAGGUUGGGACUAAGAAAGUGGCGUAAUUAUGUUGCUGUCGCGCUCGUACACUCACUGCGGGCGCCCGUCGCACAGUCGCGACAGCAAUAUAAUUACGCGCGAGCGAUAAGGAUGGGUAGCUUGGGGUCAUUGGACAAAAUUCUACGUGCUCGAAGACCAGGCUUUAGUAGGGCACCAAUAUUAUGCAACGACUGCUUGGUACAAUACAUAUUGAUAAUGAGACUAUCUCAAUCGCAGCUCCUAGUGCUAGUUCCCGCGCGCGACUGACAGCGUGCUCCCGCGAGCGCGCGCGUCGCGUCCACCCACGACGUGAUGCUCUAGCGCCGCCCGCCGGCCUGCAGCGGGAACCACUGCUGCAGGCACUCGCUGGAAGUGCGCUUCGAGGCAGGGACUAUGAAGUAGAUUACCAUUAGUGUGUUUUUUGUGACAUGUGUGAGGAUAUAGUGCUGCCAGCAGCACUUCUUAAAAGUGAGUUUCUAGGUU